GCUACGGAGCAAAGGAGAGAGUGUGUUGGAAUAUGGAGAGAGGAAGAGGAGUGUGAUUACAAAUGGAAGAGAGGCUGAGAGUGCUACUCAGCAGCAAACACAGGGUGGCCGAGUUCAGAUGUGAGAGGUUGGGAGAGAGAGAGAAAAGAAACCUGGGAGGAGGACACAAUCCAGACAGGUGUGGUGUGUGUGUAUGUGUGUGUGUGUGGAGCGACUGUGACCAAGAUGGUUCGUGAAGAUGGGUCACGCAGAGAGACAGAUGGAUGGAUGCAUGGAUGGAGGAACGCGUAAAUCGUGACGACCUUGGACCUGACUAUCUGCAACGCUUGCCAAGAGACUGGAGUCUGUGUCACAUGAUCGCAACACCUCCUCAGCUUCUGCAGGAGGGCAUGCAGUGCCAGCAUGAGUGACGGGCAGCGUGAGCCAAUGAGCUUCACACCGAACCCAGCUCUAGUCCCAGACAGGGACAGCCUCCCGCUCAAAAAGAGGGACCAAAGAACGAGCUCUCCACCACAGCAGAAGCAGCAGCAGCAGCAGUGUGAUGCUGCAACAUUCAAGGCUCCCUACCCUUACAAGAGCCACAGUGAGUUUAAGGCAAAGCACACAGGUCCUUUCCAGCCCGUACCAAGACGGGUUCCUGCACUGUACCAGCCCUGGAUGCAGACUCACUCAUCUGCCAGGUCCAAACCUCACGACCUCUCUGCAUUUAGGGAUCAUCAUGGCUGGGCAGAGUGGAGAGAGUUCAACCCCUUGCACCCUGGAUGGGCCUUUCCUCACCACUAUCAGCACCACAGCCACUUGUCUCCACUCCACUUGAGCCAUCCACACCACCCCUCCAGGUUCAGCCCUGUCUCCCUGGUUAAUGAGGGUUUCCAAAGGGUGGGUGGAGGGUACAGCUGGGAGCAGCUCAAGACAUUAAGGGACAAGAGUUUGAACGCAGAGAGGCAGAGCAACGGGCGGAAUAAAGGACCAUAUGUGAGGAGAAGAGACAGACAGGUUGAGCAUUUUCCCAGGGUUGAAAAAGCAAGUCCUCCAUCACUGAGCACAUGUCUACCUCACUCUCCACAUGAGGACCUCACAUUGCAAUAUGAUGUGUUGCACAAAUCAGCGAAAGCUGUCAAAUAUCCCACAUCUGGACAUUCCUUCAUAAGAGUUUCCCCUGACGAUAACUCAAGCAACAAAUACACCUCCAUGAAGGAGGAUGCAACAAGAUCUUCUGCUCUCCCCUCCUCUGAGCAGGUUUCUUCCUCUUCUUCCUCUCCUAAUAAUUUCCCCUGGCUGCUCCCUCACUUUGUGGCAGGCUCUCUGAUCGAGCUCAGAGACGGGAGACUGAGGAGGGUGGAACACCUGCAGACGGAGGAUUUCCUUCUGGGAUCACUGGCCUGUCCAGACCUGCGCCUGAGCUGCUGCACGGUGCAGAGCAUCUCCCCUUCAGCCUCCUCCUCGUCCAUCUCGCGCCUCCUCAUCCUGCUUCAUGACCAGCAGUCCCAGGAGCUGGUGGAUGUCUAUGUGGAGUACCCGUUCUUUGUGCGUGGGAGGGGCUGGUCCUCCUGCAGCCCUCAGAGGACCGCACGUCUCUGUGGACUACGUUGCCGCCAGCUCAGUGUGGGGGACAUCUGCCUGGCUCUCACCCCUGUCUCAGCCCCCCAGCCUCCAUCGUCAGCCGCUCUGGAGCCAAAAACCUCAUCCAGCAAGUCAGAGGGAGGCUAUGAGUCCCUAAAGGCACCACAACCCCAGGUUCCCCCAGGGCCAGAGCAGUUGGCAGGGGGAGAGAAGAAGGAGGCAGAGGUGGUCCGCAGGAGACACUACUCAGCCCCUGAGUUGAGAGGUCCAGGGACUAACUGCAUGUAAUGAGGAGGGUGGUUGUUUUAUGGACAGGAAGCAUGUCAAUCUCUUUUAAGCUCUGCUAUAUUCAGCCUAUAUUUGCUGUCUUUCUACCUCCUGAAUCAUAUUUCUGUGCUUGACUAUCGUUUUUAAUUGUAUCUAAGGAGUAAAAGCUAAACAGGAAGGGUAAGAUGAACUCUCAGGAUCCCCAGAGGUAAACUAUAUUUGUCAAACAAUGACUUUGUGAGUUGAGUUAAACAUCACAUUUUCUGAGAGGCUGAUCAAAGUCUAUAAUAACACAGAAUUCAGAUUUCAGAGCUGAGGCUAUGUAACCAAAGUGUUUGUUGCCAUAGGGAGAUGUUUUGGUGACAGUGAAUCUGAGAAAGAUCGUGUAAGCUCAAAGAACAUUGUUUGGGUUUUAAAGUGAGUGUUAUUAUUAUUUCAAGCCGUUCUGACAAAAUCUGCCCACGUUCCUUGAAAAGCGCAGAGAACGACUCCCUCAGGUCCAUCACUGCUGAUCAUAGCAUUUAAAGUUUAAUAUUAUGUAAGACGUCUUUAUGGUCAUAAAUGAUAGGUUUCAUUCCAAAUUACUGCAAAUCCUUAAUGCCAGAAACUUUUCUGAUAAUAUAGUCCUUCGUUUGAGAGUGAAUUUUCACAAUGACAAUCAACACCACAUUUGAUUGCAUCAGUAAGAUUAAGAUUUACGCUUCUACCUCUAUUUUCUAUUUAAGGUGACAGAUACAUAUAAUCUGUUUUUAACGUUGUGGGCUGUGUCGUAAUGUGCUACGUUGAAAGCUCUCAGCUGCCAGUCAGUUUGAAUGUCUUUAUCUGCCUGGGUGUUUUACAGUGUAUAGCUGCUUUGCUUUAACUGACGCUCCUUUUUAAAUGUCUGUCUCAUUGUUAAGAGUGGACCUGCAACCCUGUUCUCAUUCUUAAGUCGUCAAAUACCGCCGCUUUGUCAGUGAUUUUAGCAUCGGACACCGACACAAGGCCAAUAUUCCAGUGGUAGGAUGCACUGCUGGUCAGCCAGACAACACCUUUCAUGGCAGUAUAAUAUGCCAUUGGACAACAUCAGCUUGAAAUGCUGCCAGUGAAGACAUGAUACAAGAAGUUGGAAAGUCCUUGUAGGCCAGGGGAGAGGGGUGAUGGAUGGGUCCAACAAUCUCGGGACUUUCACUUGUGAGGGUGGUGGUCACUUUCAAUAUGACUGUAGAGCCAAACCAUGAAGUUUUUUAUAAACCUAACCACUAGCUUUUGUUGACAUCCUGGCGUUGGUAGUGGCGUCACGGAACAUCAAUAGCAGAUGCAAGAGGAUACCUCUUGUAAACCUCACAAUAGCAGCGUGAUAAAGCUGAUAAAGCGGCGAUAUGUUACAGCUUGGGAUAAGAAUGUGUUGGACAUGCUCGAGCCAUUCAAAGUACUUUUAAAGCACAAUCUCUGAUUGAUGUACAGUGCCAUGUGUCUGCACUGCAAUGUGAUUUCCUCCUGCGUAUACAUAGUACAUAUUUGACCCUUCACUAAGCCCCUCCCAAGAAUACCCACUGUAAGCACUGGAUGCCUGUCAAGCUUUCAGAAAAAGAGAAAAUGCAGAAACAGUGUGUAACUGGAACCUGCAAGUCAGACAGCAGAUAUCCUUAAAGUUUAGAGGGCAGUACCAUGACAACAGCCCAAAAGUUCGUAGCCCCAUUUGUCCGAAAAAUUUGACAGCCCAUUAUCCUUUAACAAAUGUCCAUUGCUCUAAAGUCCUGUUUCUCCAAAAACACGUCCCGCAGUUACUUUCAGUUUCCUGAUUACGUUUGAGCCACCAAACCCAGUCGUUUUCACCAACUGGUCCCUGCUUUUCCAGCACUGUUUGUGCCACCAAAUGGUGUUUGAGCCAAAAACCAUCACCAAGUGGUUAUAGUGCCUAAAUCUAACCACACAUUCACCACAGCGCUGUAGACAAAGUUAACAUGUCUGUGGUUUAUAGAAACGUACAAUGCUAACAUUUUUUUUUCUGGCUGUUGUGUUGUCGAAAAGCAGGGGGUGUGUAUUUUCUGAAAAACAGGACUUUAGAGCAAUGGUUUGUUUUUGAGAUAAUGGGCUGUCAGCGAAACAGGCUCUCAGUCCAAUGAGACAUAUUUAGGACAAGCAGGGCUAGUCUCUGUCGUGCUAUCUUUUGCUUUUCCAAAGCUAAAAAUUCAUGAGGAGAGAUGUGGUAUAUGGAUUUAACAGUGUGAAAGACCUCUCACUCACAGCUGAAUCUAUCAAAAGUCAACAAAAACUCCUUUGUUUGCAACAAGGUAAGAUGCUAACCAACGUUAGCUAGCUUAGCAUUUUAGAAAACAAAGAUAAUUGAAUAUAAAAAUACUUAUGUUUUAACUUUAAGUUGGGUAGUUGUACAUUUGAUAUAAUUUGCACUUUAAACAAAUGGAAACACCAUAAUUUAGUUUUACCAACAGUGGGCUAAAACAUUCAACAAAUAAUGAAAGCUUUGGGGAGUCAUAACUAAAUGUUACCUUAAAAUAAAACAAUUGAUUUACCCUGCUUUGCAAGAACAUUGACGUUCCUGUCUCAGUUUGUCCUUCACCUGAAUUUAUACUGUGAAUGUAGCUCUCAAAUGCAUACUGUAGUUAUUUGUCUUCUUGUCUCUCUACUUCUCUGAGCUUAUCUUUCAGUAAUAUCUGUGAAAAUGCUUUGACAACAGCAACCGAGGGGGGAGGGACUUAGCGAAGGGUCAGUUAAAUUGUUAAAUUAAAUUGAAAUGCAGACUAUGUGCAGGGAAGGUACUGUACACACAGUUUGGGU